AUGCCGAAAGCAGAAGCUGGCUCAACGAAGGACCUGAGCAAUCGAAUGAAAGCCAAAGGCUUGCAGCGACUGCGAUGGUACUGCCAGGUAUGCGAGCGGCAAAUGCGAGACGAGAAUGGAUUCAAGCAGCACACGAUGAGCGAGGCGCAUGUGCGCCAAAUGCUGCUGGUCGGCCAGGACACAAAGAAGUUCCUCAGCGACUACAGCAACCAGUUCCUCAAGGACUUCGUCCACCUGCUGCGCACGAGUCACGGCGAGAAGCAGGUGCAGAUCAACCACUUCUACCAGAACUACAUCGCAAACAAGGAACACGUCCACAUGAACGCCACCAAAUGGCCGUCGCUCACCGAGUUCGCGAAACACCUGGGAAUGGAAGGUAUCUGCCGAGUCGAAGAGACGGAGAAGGGCCUUCACAUCGCCUGGAUCGACGACUCACCCGAUGCGCUGCGCAGGAAGGAGGCUAUACGGAGGAAGGAGAAGCAAGAUAAGGGUGAUGAGGAGCGCGAGCAGAUGAUGCUUCGGGAGCAAAUACGUCGCGCGAAGAAGGAUGCCGGUCACCGCGAGGAGGACGAUGCUGAAGACACAGCAGACAGGGAACUGAAGAGACAAGAUGGAGAGAAGGUCAAGCUCUCCUUUGGCGCGAAACCGAAGCCAUCAUCAGACGCGGGCUCGUCGACAGCGCAACCGAAUGCGCCUACAUCGAACUCGCCAGACAAAGAGGGCGAGGCACCAAAGCAAGAGCCGACAGACGCUCCAAGCGAAGCUGCAUCUACGGAAAAACCUGCUGCUGCACCUAUCUCCAUGAAGAUGACCGAAAAACCUCAAACAAAAAACGUCUUCGCUGCGGCCAAGAAGAAUGCCCUGAAAGGAGGGCCGAAGAAAGCUUCGGUUUUCGAACAGCCGAAGAAGAUGAGCGAGGCGGAACGUAUCAUGAAGGCCGAACUAGAGAGGAAGAGGUCGCGGGAGAACUCGGGCUUCGGCGGACCCUCCAACAAGCGGCAGAGAACAUAG